AAGACAUAAGAGCGCCGUCAUUAUUGAGAGGGGGGGCCGAUGGAGAAGGUCUCCGCGUUUUGUGUGGUUCGUUCCUUGCCAGCUGACGGGUUACGGUAACUUCAAAUCAGAGUGAAGUAAACAGCCUCACCAUUCCAGGAUCCCUCCAGUUGGCUGAGAAACUUCAGUGGAACGUCUCUGCCCUCCAGCUCCUUUCCUCAUGGCAAUCAACACUGACGCUGAAGACUGGGGCGGCAUCGGCGGCAGCAGCGACUCUGGAGAACGAGCGUGGCUCCUGCAGAGCCCCAGCGUGGAUUCUGCCCGGCACCCCGAGGCAGAAGAGGGGAGCCGGGGCGUGCCAGCUCUGGGUGCCGUCUUCAUCGUGGUGAACGCCGCGCUGGGCGCGGGACUGCUCAACUUCCCUGCAGCCUUCAGCAUGGCUGGAGGAGUGAUGGCAGGAGUGAUGCUGCAGAUGUUCAUGCUCAUCUUCAUCAUCAGUGGGCUGGUGAUCCUUGGCUACUGCUCUCAGGUCAGCAACGAAGCCACCUAUCAGGAAGUUGUUCGAGCCACUUGUGGGAAAGUCACAGGAGUCCUCUGUGAAAUGGCCAUCGCCAUCUACACGUUUGGGACAUGCAUCGCUUUCUUCAUCGUCAUCGGCGACCAGCUGGAUCGCUUGAUCGCUGYUGUUGCUCAUGAAACGGACGGGUCGCCUGAGGGUCACUGGUACACAGACAGGAAGUUUACCAUCGUCGUCACUGCAGUCCUGGUAAUUCUGCCUCUGUCCAUCCCCAAAGAGAUCAGCUUCCAGAAAUACGCCAGUGCUCUGAGUGUGAUGGGAACCUGGUACGUUACCAUUGUGAUUAUUGUGAAGUACAUCUGGCCGGACAAAGACAUGAACCCAGACCACGCUUCAGCCACUUCUGCUUCCUGGACUGCUGUUUUCAAUGCAAUGCCCACCAUAUGCUUUGGUUUCCAGUGCCAUGUCAGCUGUGUGCCGGUGUUUAACAGCAUGAAGAGGAAGGCGAUCAAACCGUGGGGGUUUGUAGUCACUUGCAGCAUGAUAAUCUGCCUUUUUGUCUACAUAGGGACAGGCGUCUGCGGCUUCCUGACCUUUGGCUCCAGUGUGAAUCAGGACGUGUUGAUGUCUUACCCGCCUGAUGACAUCGCUGUGGCCAUCGCCAGAGCUUUCAUUGUCAUCUGUGUGGUGACCUCCUACCCCAUUCUACACUUCUGUGGCAGGUAAAAUCCACUGGAAAGGCAACUUUGGGGGUUAAGCACAGUUAUUUUAAAGUCAAUGUGGAUAUUUAAUAUUAAAAUACGAUUAAAAGUAUAAAUUUGUCGGAGUCUCCGUUGCAUUGCUGUGAUGUAAUUGGGCUUUGAAGAAUCCAUGAAUUUGGACUCAGCCAUAAUUUAUCGUUUUUAAAACGUACCUGAUUAUUGCAGCUAAUUGCAGAUCCAGAUCCUUUUUAUUUGACGACCUCAAUGAAACGUUCCCUCCGUAAAGUCUGAUUUGCUGUUUUUAUUUCCUCCUGCAGAAUAUUUCUCAAAUUGACCUCCCCUGCAUUAAUUUGAAAAUGACAUUUCUGAGUUCUUAAAAUGUUUAAAUCUUU